UAAUAUUUUUAAAAUAAAUUUGAAUGGAGCAAAUCAAGAAAUACGAAGAAGAGGUCAAAAUUGAAGAGUAUUACGAAGACAAGAGACUCAAUGAAUACUUUUAAGAACUUACUCAAGGAAUUGAUAAUCCAUAGACCUGAGAAACCUCUUGAUUUUCUCAUUGAGAAGUUAGAAAAACCCAAGCCAGCAACAAGAGUCUUUGUAGUUGGCCCUCCAGGAAGUAAUAGAAAGGAAAUCGCUACUUCUCUUUCGGAACAUUUCUCAUGGCCAUGUAUUAGCGUUGGCAAAUUGAUCACAGACAAAAUCAAGGCAGAUGCUGGCAAAGAGACUGAAGAAGGAAGAAAAAUACAACAAAGCAGAGAAAGUUAUCAAUAUAUCGAUGAUGAGACAAUUAUCGAAAUGGUCAAGAAAGAGCUAUCCAAGCUUGAGAAAGAUGGCAGCAACUGGAUCUUGGAAGGAUUCCCAAGAACUGCCACACAAGUAGUCUCUCUACAGAAAAUUGGUAUUAUCCCAACAAGAAUUGUAGUUUUGAAUAUUAAGAAACCUACUUCACAGUUGAAGGUCAAAAAUAAUCUUAUUUCAAAUGCGACUGGGUUAUAUGGGCCAGAACUUGAAAGAGUCGCGAAUAAUGCUAUUGACGAGUAUUAUUACCACAUUAAAGCCGUGAAAGAGCUAUUUAAAGAGGCUCAAUUGAUCCAGGAGUACAAUGCCAACCAAAAUAAGGAUGAUUUAUGCAAUGAAAUCUCUGAGAUGAUUCAAAUAAGGAUAGACAACCCAUACAGGCUUCCAAGAAUUAUUGUCCUUGGACCUCCUGGAUGUGGAAAGACCUAUCAAAGCCAGAUCAUCUCUAAGCGCUUCGGAUUACAGCUAAUAAAUCUAAAAGAAUUGCUAGAUGCUGAGAUUAAGAAUAACAAAGAACAUGGGGAAGAAAUUCACGACUGUAUUGUCAAAGGAGAGAACGUGAGAGAUGACCUCAUUAUCCCAGUUGUUAAAAGAAGGCUCGCUAAAACUGAUUGUAAACUCAAUGGCUACAUUCUUGAUGGUUUCCCAAUGUCUCUAGCACAAAUAAAUCUUCUCAAAUUUAUCAACGCUAAGCCAUCAAUGGUUGUCUUGCUUGAGUGCGAUCCUGAGAAAUGUGAGGGAAGAAUUAAAGAAAGAAGAUAUGACCCCCAGACAGGAAAAAUUAUUGACAGAACUCUUGACCAGGAUAUUGAUGAAGAUAUGUACGAUAGAAUUAUCAAACUUGAGGAAGACAACGAACCAGCUAUCAAGAACAGAAGGAAAUAUUGGGAUGACUACGUCGGAACAGCAGAGUCAGCAUACAACCAGUGCUUAUUGACUGUAAAUACAGGAGAGUUAACGAUAGAUGAAGCCACUACCAAUAUUGCGGAGGCAAUAAUCAAUCCAAUCUUUUAA